AUGAAAAGAUAUGUCAGUUUUCAAAAUAACAAAGAAACAAAAAACAAAGAUGAACUCAGCCCAGACGAGAAUGCCAGCCCUUUAUCAACCUUUGAUGUCAUAGUUGGUCAUAUAGAAGACAUUUUAAUAGAUGAAGAAUUUUUGAAAUUACAAAAAUGUAUUUUGGAAAAACACUGUGAGGAAUUUGAUGAAACGGAAGAAAACAAAUUAAGCUAUACUUCUGUCUUUGAAGAAUAUGUGUCUGUCAUGGAGAACUACAUUGAACAGAGAUUAAAAAAAGAAAUGAUUGGAUUUGAUUUAGAAGAGUUUUAUGAAGAAUUGAACAAAAGAAGAGAUUCUUUAGAUGGUGAAGUUUUUGAAGUACUUUAUACCCUUUCAGAUUUUGUAGCCUUCAAAGAAAUGAUACUGUGCUAUAAAAAUGAAAAGGAUGGUAAAACAGUUGAUUUUUCACAAUGUAUUUGUGUCAAAGCCAUUUCACUCGAAGAUUCAUAA